GUUUUUACUCCUCUGUUUUUCACUUCAUCAUAAUAAUAAACGGGCUUAAACCCUUUUUCCUCAUUUUCCUUCUUUCUUCGAGCUCACAAUCACAUAUCACUCAAUUUAAAAGAAUGGCUUAUAGGCGCAACAUAACAACACGAGCGAAGCUUCUUUAUCAGCAACAAAGAGUUACCCCUGCAUUUUCUUACUUUCAUCAUGAUGAUGAUCGUAACAACCCUGAACCCGGUUUUGAUAGUUCAAGAGUUCCCAGUUUUUCCCAAUCCCGUUACAUGGGAAGUGCAAGUGGGAUUAACAGCUUCAGUGGCUCAAGAAACCCAUUUCAAGACAGGAGAUUUUGUGCUUCAGGCCUUAUGAUUCCGAUGAGUUAUGGGUCCUUAUUGACCAGGAAUAUGUCAACUAAUAUUGGUGGUGAAGCGGAUAAAAUAGACUACAUGACUGAUGUUGCUGAAGUACUGGCUGAUAAGGCUGUAGAGGCUGUAGUUUCUCAAGCUCCAGCUGUGAACGAGAUGGCAAUUGCCGCUGCAGAUUGUUAUUUGCCGGUUAAGGCAUUGAUGUAUUUGAUGGAUUACAUUCAUAUGUUUANAGAGUGA